AUGGCUACUUCUUUAUUCCCUCGACGUCCUUCUUCAGACUCCUAUGAUGUCGCCAUCAUAGGCGGCGCAACAAGCGGCUCAGCAAUCGCCUGGUUUCUCGUGUCGAACCCCGAUUUCAACGGCAAAGUUCUCGUUGUCGAGAAAGACCCUUCUCUUGCCUACUCUGCAACUCAAGCCAGCAAUAACUGUAUGCGUCAGCAAUUUGCUACCGAGAUUAAUGUCAAGAUUGCUCAGUAUGCUGCCGAAUUUGUCAAAGACUUCCGCAAGAACCUGAAAUGUGAGGAUGGCGACGGCAUUCCGGAUAUUCCUAUCCGCAACUUCGGUUAUCUGUAUCUCGCGGAUACUCCUGAGUUUGCUGCCGUUCUUGAGGAAGAUCAAAAGCUUCAGGCCGCAUGCGGUGCUGGGACUAAGAUGCUGUCGGCUGAUGAGAUAGCUUCCAAAUACCCUUUCUUUGCUUUGGAUGACAUCAAGGCGGGCAGUCUCAACACUGUUGAUGAGGGUGCAUUUGACGCUCUUGGCAUGGUCCAUAGCCUGCGCAAAAGAGCUCAACAGCUUGGGGUCGACUACAUCAACAAUGAAGUUGUUGGAAUGACUCGUGUCGGCAACAAAGUAACUUCCGUUACUCUCAAGACUGGAGAGAGCAUCAGCGUUGGUAAUAUCGUCAACGCUACAGGAACCAGAGCUGCCGACGUCUCACGCCUUGCUGGCAUACACCUUCCGAUUGAGGCUCGCCGCAGGUACACGUACAUCUUCUCCGUCGACGACCCUCUGUCUCAAGAUCUUCCGCUUACCAUUGAUCCUACUGGUGUCCACAUGCGAUCAUAUGGAAAGAAAGACUACCUCAUCGGCUGCCCGCCGAUCGGCCCUGAUGUCGCCGUCGAUCCCGAUGACUUCAGCUACGCCGAGGAUGUAUGGAACUUGAAGAUGCUGCCUGUUCUUAAGAAGCGAGUUCCUCAGUUCUCCACGGCCAAGGUCACGCACUCGUGGAUGGGUCAUUACGAGUUCAACACGUUUGACCACAAUGCUAUCAUUGGACCCCAUACUGAAGUUUCUAAUAUGUUGUUCUGCGUGGGAUUUUCUGGACAUGGAAGUCAACAGGCUCCUGCUUGUGGACGAGGCGUUGCAGAGCUCAUCACGUAUGGAGAGUUUCGCACGUUGGACUUGUCGGCUUUAGGUUAUGAGCGGAUUGCUCGCAAUGAGCCUCUGAUGGAGCGAGCUGUCAUUUAG